UCCUACUCCCCCGUCUCUCAGUUUGCAAAAAGUAAAGGAGCAGAAGACCUUUAAAUAUAGGAUGUUUAGAGAGAGAAAAUCAUCUGGGAGUCAUGUCGCCACUGAAACGGGCUAAAAAAUAUCCCUCAAUAGCAGCAUGUAGAGGUUCGGGCUACCAGUCGAUAGCGGCUGACCUCGAUGGCACUCUUCUCUUGUCCGGCAAUUCCUUCUCCUACUUCAUGCUCGUGGCCAUCGAAGCUGGAAGUCUCUUACGUGGUCUGAUUUUGCUUCUGUCUGUACCUCUCGUCAUCAUAUCCUAUUUAUUCAUAUCUGAGAACAUUGGAGUCCAAAUCCUAAUCUUCAUCUCCUUCUGUGGCCUCAAGAUUCGCGACAUCGAGCUGGCUUCCCGCAAUGUUUUGCCCAGGUUUUAUGCUGCGGAUGUGAGGAAGGAGAGCUAUGAGGUUUUUGAUAGGUGCAAGCGGAAGGUGGUGGUGACGGCGAGUCCGAGGAUAAUGGUGGAGCCAUUUGUGAAGGAAUUUCUUGGAGGAGACAAGGUUCUGGGUACAGAAAUCGAAGUAACCAAGACUAAGAGGGCCACCGGAUUUGUGAAGAGGCCAGGCGUGUUGGUGGGCAAAAGGAAGAAGUUGGCCAUUUUGAAAGAGUUUGGAGGGAAAGUACCGGAUCUUGGGCUUGGUGACCGCAAGACCGAUCAUGCUUUCAUGUCCAUUUGCAAGGAGGGCUACCAGCUCCGUCGUAGCAAAUCAGCAACUCCAGUGCCACCGGAUCGCCUCAAAAGUCGUAUAAUCUUCCAUGACGGCCGCCUCGUUCAGCGACCUGACCCUCUCAAUGCCCUUAUUACCUAUAUUUGGCUGCCGUUUGGUUUCAUCCUCUCCCUCCUUCGCGUUUACUUCAAUCUCCCACUCCCAGAACGCAUCGUACGCUACACAUACGAGAUGCUAGGCAUCCACCUGGUUAUCCGCGGCACACGACCUCCUGCCCCAUCUCCUGGAACCCCAGGAAACCUCUAUGUCUGCAACCACCGCACAGCUUUGGAUCCUAUAGUCAUUGCAAUAGCUCUCGGACGCAAAGUUUCGUGCAUAACAUACGGCGUAAGCCACCUCUCGAGGUCCCUAUCACCAAUCCCAGCCAUUGCUUUGACCCGUGAUCGCACAGCUGAUGCAGCCCGCAUCUCCGAGCUACUCCAAAAGGGUGAUCUGGUAGUAUGCCCAGAGGGUACCACUUGUCGCGAGAAUUUCUUGCUGCGAUUCAGCUCAUUGUUUGCAGAAAUGAGCGAUAGGAUUGUACCUGUGGCGAUCAACUGCAAGCAAAGUAUGUUCUAUGGAACAACCGUACGCGGCGUCAAAUAUUGGGAUCCUUAUUUCUUCUUUAUGAACCCAAGGCCAACCUAUGAGGUCAAAUUCCUGGAACGCUUGCCGGAAGAGAUGACCGUUAAGGCCGGAGUGAAAUCACCCAUCGAGGUGGCGAAUUAUGUGCAGAAGGUGUUGAGUGAUGUGUUGGGGUUUGAGCGCACUGGAUUAACCAGGAAGGAUAAGUACAUGUUGCUUGGAGGGAACGAGGGAAAGGUGGAGACAAUGUACAACUACAAAAAAUAAUGUGUUAGUUUGCCAUUUUAUCUGCCAUUCUGAGAUUUUACAACUAUGUGUUCCUGAACUGUGGAUAUACAAAAUAUAACUAUUCGGACCAGAUAAUUUUGAUGUA